UGUCCUGCACAGAGCCCUGACUUCAACCCCACUUGAACACCUUUGGGAUGAACUGGAACUCUGACUAUGUGCCAGACCUCCUCAACCAAAAAGAAUGAUCAAAUCCUCACAGCCACACUCCAAAAUCUAGUGGAAAGCCUUCCAAGAAGAGUGGAGGAUAUUAUAAAAGCAAAGGGGGACUAAAUCUGGAAUGGGAUGUUCCACAAGCACAUAUGGGUGUGGUGGUUAAGUAAUAUAAGUCCAUACAGCUAAAUCCUAUAUAGCUAAUCCAGGGAGAUUGAACUCAAAUUCUACCUGAGCCACAUCAACAUUUUUGUGAAACCACAAAGGGCUGUAAUUUAAUGCUAUUAUUUUUCUUUAAACCUAUUUACCAUUUUCUUUCAAUGAGCACUAAUAAUGUAGGCUCUAAAAUGAAAACGUUAAUCAACCUAUUCGUAUAUUGUGCAAACACAAAGUAUACUGAGUCCUGUUAUUGAAACGUUAUUUAUCGAUGCCAUGAAUAAGUAUGGUGCAAAUAAAUAAUGUUUUAAACAUGUAAUUGAGGAUGAAAAUGUAGGUCCCAAAUGACCGAACGUCAUUAAAUUAUGGCUUUCAGUCGCUCUUGACAAAAGGGAGAGCCGUGAAGAUUUCUGAAAUGCAUCGUGUGUUGGGGAUUUUGUUUUAUUAUUUAUUGGCAAGAAAGCUUAGACAAAGUGGAAAUUCCAAAACUGUCCCAAAAUACCUAUCCUACUACAACUAAAUAAUGCAUUACAAACCUUCUAGGUUAACUGUAACGUUUAUGGAGUUGAAAGAGAUAUAUACACAGGGGUUAUUUUUGCAGUUUAGCAGGGGAACUAGACUAAACAACAAACCACCACAUGUAAACAAACUCCGACAUCUAACACCUGCUCUACAAUAACAGAGUCUUCUUUACAACACCACAAGCCUGAAGUCCCUCACAGGAAGUGGACAACUUUGAGCACUCAGAGCCUGGGGGUGGGACAACUAACACUGUUGCUACAACUAAAGAGUGUCCAUAGCAUCCUGUCCAACGGCAAGUGCAGGAUUGUGUGUGUGUGUGUGUGUGUGUGUGUGUGUGUGUGUGUGUGUGUGUGUGUGUACAAAGGCAGGAGGGCAGCUGUCGUGCAGACUUGCACCGGCUUAAGAAGUGCAGUGCUUUGCUCUGGGACAUCCUGAAGUCUUUAACAAGAUUAAAGGCGAGGUAGACACCGUGUAAUAUGGCAGACACGUUGCGGAGGCUGGUGAACACUUCAUCCUACAGUGUCCUGCAGCAAAAACUAGAAACCUGGUACAAAGACUAUCAUGUGAUCUCAUGUGACCAGAACCUGAACCGGUGUUGUGAGCUAGUAGAGCUCACUUCAAAUAUCCAGGGGCAGCUGUUCACUAUACUCAACCUUACUGCACAUGAAGGUGGUCACUAUGCAGGAGUGGACACACUUAAAUCUCGCUUGCUGCCAUGGCUUGGUACAUGCUUCACCAUGGCAAGUGCCACUGUCUCUUCAGACACCAGUCUCAAUCUUAUUCAGGACAAUGUGGAGAAGGAGCGAAGGAUCCGUGAACUGUCGUUGUCUCAUGAGAGUGACAUGCAUAAGAUUGAGGACCAGCUCUGCUCUACACGUAUAGAGCUGGACUCUGUCAAACAGCAACUUGCUGAUGCUAAAAUUGAACUGGACUCCAGCAAAAACAGAUCAGCGACCACUCUUCUUGCCACAGAAGAUGAGAUACUGCACCUGAAAGCAGAGUUGCGUACGGCCUAUGAUCAGGUGGACCUCUAUAAGAAGAAGCUGGAUAUUCUGGAGGACUAUGAGAGGCAGGUCAGAUUACUGAGAGAUGAGGUCACCUUUCUCACGGCCGACAAAUCCAUGCUUCAGGAAAGGCUGGUGAGGAGUCGUUCUCCCAGUCCUCUUCCUCGGCGGAGUCGUAACAGCAGCCCUGUUAGGAGCGAGUCUCCUACGCGUGCCCAGCUCACCAGCUCAUCUCGCCAUGCCCGGCUUGUGUCACGCUUCUCUGACCUGUACGCCAUUGAACGGCUGGAGGCCCAGAGCCUCCUCCGCCGCUACAUCGAUGACUUGGAGACAGUGCAGAGGAUCAUCUUCAUUGCUGCUGUGGAAUCAUUUCAGGCAGCUAAAUUGGCCUAUCGUCAGUUUAAACUGCGUGUGAGGAAAACUCUUUCUCCUACACACAUGGGUCCUGAGAGUCUGGAGGAUGCCGUAGAGGACUACAUCGUCAGAAACCUUGACCUUUACGAUGUGCAGACAAGUGUUAAUGAUGUGAUCAACUCAAUGAACGUGAACCCACGUAUAUCCUUCCCUCCAGAAGUGGACUUUAUGCUCAUCAGUUGUUUCAUCAGAGAGAUGUGUAGAAUUGCUUUCGACAUGCAGACGCUACAUCCUCCCCUAGACCUCGCCUUUAGCUCUGAUGGAGAACUCUACAAUGACAUCAAGUACAGGCGUAGUUAUGAUUCAGAGUUCACUGCGCCACUGGUGGCGUAUCACGUGUGGCCUGCACUGAUGGAGGGAGACUCGGUCCUAGUGAAAGGAGAGGCUGUCACCAGGAGAGGGGCAUUGUGGAGGAGCCGAAGCCGCAGCUGCAGCCCGGUUCGCUCUCGGUCAGGAAGCCCCAGCCGCACACUUAUGUCCAGUCGUAGUCGGAGUCCUUCCCCUGGACGUCUCUCCACUAGCCGACUGUAAAUUUCACGUAAAUUUCAAGCCACUCGGAAGGUUCUGUAAAGACUCUUGAUUUCAGACAAACACCAUUAGCAUUAAUGAUAUUUUCCUAUAAAAAAUUUUUCUCUUUACACAAAGCCAUGGAAAGUGGCAUCAGAUGGACCAGAAAUAUGCUUUAAUAAAUCUGCACCACAUCCACAGUAUACAUGCUAGUACAUUACACCGUAGCCUUAAGAUAACAAUAAAAAAAGGUCUUCAGGCUUUGGCCUAUAUCUGUGGCUAAGGUGCUUUAUCUGAUACAGACCUCAAUCAUUUUAAAGGUGCUAUGGUUUCAGUCUUUCCUAUAGAGUACCUGAGAGAGAUUUUUGUGUGUGGAUAAUGUUCAUUAUUUAGACAAUAUGUUGUAGCAUUUUGAGACCCUGCUUCUAAUGCAGAAGUACUGUGUGUGCCCUGUGUGAUAGAUUUUUAUUCUCAAAUUCCAGGCAGCAUUAUUAUUUUUUUUAUUAUUGUCCUAGAUCUAUUUGUGUUAGAUUUCUCCCAAUCAAAAAGCCUAAUCAUUUAAAAUACUUACUUGGUUACUUAAUUACUUGAACAUUUACAAAAUGUUGGAAUUUUUAACGUAUAAUACAGCAGCACUACUUCUUUAAUAAUAAUUGAUAAUCUUUCACUGCAAGAUUGUUCAAACCAAUUAAAUGUAAUGACCAUAUAUAUAUAUAUUACACACAUUAAUGUAUUUUCUGCAUGCUUUGCCACUUUACAUUUGUGUUAGACCACUAUAUUGGCAAUGUAACUUCACUGGUGCUAAAGUGCUAAAGUUUACUCGUCAGAACCUCUUCACUACCAUGCAGAUCCAAAUGGAUUAUGGUUUUUAAAUGUUUACUGUGGUCAUCCUCAGAGUGCUUAUUGAGGUGCUCGACAUUUUUCCUUCUAUUAUAAUCACUGUGUUUCAUUGUUUUCUCUGUUAU